GUGCGUGAGAUUCCAGCUGCUCAGAAAGUGUUGUGAUGCACCCAAGCUACCAGAACGGCGAGAGUGAACAUGUUGUGUUAUGUUCACUGGUCACAUUUCAAUUACUAUUAUUUUAUAAUAAUAAUUGAACUUUAUACAAGUCCGACAACCGAUGUGAAGCCUGCGAUGGUGGUGGCAGGCAGUCCGACAGGCGCAGGCAACUACGUAAUCCCGCCGCAACAGCACUUCCUGAGGUGGCGCAAGCACCGCGCGAAUGUCGGCCGAGCAUUUCGCGCCACUUUCGUAAUUCGUUGCGUGGUGCGACCGGCCGCCUUGCUGCCCCGCAGGAAGUAAAAGUUCGAAGCAAUAAAUGUAUCAAAAGUGGAUAUUACCGAGGGACAAAAUGCAAAGCACUAUCAAAGAGUUGCUUGACGCUUUGGGCUGUAAUUUAGAAUUGGACACCGUUUUCGACUACAUCCAAAAUGAUCCCAACUACGGCAACAGUAAUCUAUCCUCAAAACAAGUGAACGAGUACGCUCAGAGAUUGGCGCUAAAAGGUUCCAAUUCUAAAGCAUUCCUCAAGAAAUAUGAAGAACUGAAGAAUCGCAAGACUGACAAUCUAUCAGAAAUCAUAGCAUUGUUUUACAAGUUGAUCUGUGAUGAGAAAAAGUCAAAGAACUCAAAGCCUAAAGUUGCCCCCAAGCCUGUGUUGGGAGAUAACAAAAUCCAAAUAACUAAAGAAGAUUUACCACAGAUCAAAGAUAAGUUACUGAAAGCAGUAGAUGAAAGUAAAAAAUUAGUUAUGAAGUCAUUUGAAGAGAAGGAAGCUAAGCUGCGACCAAAUUGGUACAAUAGCCUGGGUCUUCCCAAUUGGCAAAAGGACCACCCUGCGAUGUCCUGGGACUUCCCAAAGGAACCUGUACCCAUUGUAGCUGCUUUAGCUGGUGUACCUGUGUUGUCACAAGAAAACAUAGUUGUAGAAGAGCUAUUAUACUUAUUUUCUGGCAUACCUGGCAACUAUAUAGUCCAUAGACCUACAAAGGAAAUGUAUGAACCCCGUUCAUUCAUAAUAUCUGAAGAUGUUGAUGAUGCAUUGAAACAAAUAAUUCAGCAAAUGCUUCCAUUAGCUUCAAACUAUUCUAUAGUUAGGAGGUUCAUUGAAAACAUUGAUAUGUGGUCCGGGCAAAUACUACAUGCUUUAGUAGCUGCUAUUGAGAUUCUACUGAAGGAUUACUAUACAAUGCUGGCUCAGUUAGAAACAGAAGCAAUGUCGGGAAGCCUUACUCUACAAAAGUUGUGGUAUUACGUUUUACCAACUAUGCACACUAUGCAAGUAUUGGUUGCUAUAGUUACUACAAUUGGAAAGAGCGAAUUACGCGGCGGCGCAGUGCUGACUGUUCUCCAUGACAAAACAAACAUGCUAAUGGGCGACACGCGUGCGCAAGAAAUCUCACUAUAUCUAACCGAACGUGCUAGCAAACCUUUCCUCAGCAUACUGGACCAGUGGAUACAUAAGGGCACUAUUAUUGACCCAUUUCAAGAGUUCAUGAUUGAAGACAAUGAGUUAGUAAACAAAGAAGAAUUACCAGUGGACUAUUCCGCCGACUAUUGGGAGAAGCGGUACAGUGUGCAGAAAGACCGCGUGCCCAAGUUCCUUGACAAGUACACUGAUAUCAUACUAAGGACUGGGAAGUAUUUGAAUGUCAUUAGCCAAUGUGGUAAACCGAUCUCCAAAAGUAACACGGAGGAAAUCAAAUACUCUCUCAGAGAACAAAAUUACAGUGCCAUAAUACAAAAAGCUUAUUCGUUCGCGAGCAAAACUUUACUAGAGCUACUAUUGAAAGAAUACGCUCUUAUGGGGAGACUGAAGUCGGUCAAGAACUAUUUCCUCAUGAGCCAAGGAGACUUUAUAGUGCAGUUCAUGGAUGCCACAGAACAAGAACUAUCGAAAAAGAUCGACGAUAUUAUACCCUCGAAAUUAGAGUCGCUAUUGGGACUUUGUUUAAGGCUGUCGGCUGCUAGUCACGACCCCUACAAUGAAGAUAUGAGAGUGGAACUCUUGCCAUAUGAUUUACAGUUCCAAAUGUUCAAGAUAUUGUCAAUAGAAACUGAAGAUGAAAAAGAGUACAAACAAAACAAAGACUGCCCACCGCUGACCGGCAUAGAAACAUUCUCAUUUGGCAUGGAGGUGAAGUGGCCGGUGUCCCUCAUCCUAAACCACAAAGCUAUCGCUUGUUACCAGAUGAUAUUUCGACACCUCUUCUAUUGCAAACACGUUGAGAGGUUGCUAUGCAGAGUGUGGCUGUACAACAAAGUUGUAAAACGUUUCUCUGAGGCUCGUUUAUACGCCGACGCGUUCGCAUUGCGCCAGCGCAUGCUCAGCUGCAUACAGCAUUUGCAAUACUACAUGUGCGUCGAGGUCAUCGAGCCUUCUUGGUGCCAGCUCAUACAGAGCCUCGAUAAGGUGAACAAUGUAGACGAGGUACUGGAGCGACACAACGAUUUUCUGGAGUCGUGUCUGGGUGACUGCAUGUUAACCAGUCCGCAACUGCUGAAGGCCGUCACCGCGCUUUGCCUCGUCUGCGUCCAGUUCUGCACUUUCAUACAGGAGAUGCACAAGUACUUCGUGGACGCCGAGCUUAACAGUAUGCUUGGAUCAACAUCAUAUGACAAUAAUGAAUACAAUGAGGGUACUGGGUGUGGGGGCAUGACGACAAGCGGUUCUGCAGAUUCAUUCGCGCGUUCUGUCUCCCGCUACGGCCUACGAUUUACAGCGGCACUUCUCUCAGUGCUUGCCAUCAUAGACCGCUUGCCUCGAGACAACAACAACAAGCUCCUUAAUAUAUCGGCCAGAUUAAAAUUCAACACGUAUUACGAGAAACAACUGGAGAAGUUCUGUUCGGACGACAAACUUCUUGACGUGGAGAAGAAGGCACCAGGCUCCUAGCAUCGGGCAGUGCGCUCGCACAGCAAACUCAUCACCGCCGUGUGAACAUUGGACUUGUAUGCUUGUGUGAUUGAACAGUACAUAUUAUAAGGGGACAAGGAACUUCAACGUAGAUUACUCCUACUCAGUGAAGUUCGCUAAUUAGUGAGUAUUAUGAUAUAUUGUGGACCCCUGUGCUAAGUGGUGUAUUAAUUUGUUAUGAAAAUCAAAAGUAUUGAGUUUAAUAAAGCCAAGUUAUCGCUUUGGUAUGGCUUUGAUAUGAAAAUUUGUAUGGAGGUAAACGUCCGCACACUUUGCUGUUUCUAUCAUGUCGGUCGAAAUUGUAAGAUAUUUUGUAAAAAGAAAAUAGAUUUGUAUUUACGAGAGACGAGGAAUUUUCCAUGUCUCACGUAAUAACGAAAAUUAUUGCUGAACCUACAAGGGCAUAAUUGUAAUACAGUUUGUAAAUAAGCAAACAAUAAGUCUAAUGUGAGAUAAUGGUAUUGCAACACAGUUUUCAAAAGAUAAAACAAGCUUACACAAAGAUAGGCCACCAAAGGACAAAACAAUUCAAUUACGAUAGGUUGUAUUUAAACUAUUAGAGAGUUGAAAGGAUAGCAAUAACUUUAGAAAUGUGAAUUAGUUGCGUAAUAUAAUUGUAUAUCUCAUGUUAAAAAAUCAACACUAACAACCGUCUGCUCUGCAACUAGUCUGCACUCCUUGUUAUAACUAAUGCAUUUGCAUUUUGGUAACUUUUAGAGAUAUUAGCACCUAGAGGUUUUUUUUCUUUGUAAAACUUAACCGAAAUUAAACCGAAACUAAAUAAGAUAUAAAAAAACGCUUGGGGGUUAUAACGCAAUUUCGCUAAAAAUGUCGAUUACGUUAGUUAUUAUGAGGGCAGUAUCUAGAUUUAAAGUUCAUGUACCUAUAUUAAAUUUAUCGCCUAUUAUUAAAUACCACUAUUCGAAUGGGAAUAAUAAAAGAGAAAUAGAUAACCUAUAAAUAAAGACACUAUUUUUUCCAUCCAGCGCGUUAAUCUCGCUAAGUACAAAAUAGAUUGUUAACAGAUCUACUUUUUUAUAAUUAUUAAUACAAACUAGUGAAAUAAAUAAAUAAAUAUCAUAGUAGUGAAUCAAAAACCACUAUUACAGAUCUACUUUUAAAUAUAACAUUUAUUUACUAAAAUCGUAUUCGUUAUCGGCACAAAAUACACAAUAUAAAUAUUGACACGAAAGUGAUUUCAGGGUUGUAUUUUUGAUAGUAAAAAUUCAAUAAAUCGUUGAUGGAAAUAGUAUAGAUGUACCGAAAUCUCAUAAUAAAUAGGAAAAUGCCACUUUUAUUCCAGGAUAUUUAAUUAAAGUUUUUUGUUAAUACAUUAAUAUUGAUGGUUGAAGGCAGUAGUAGUAGACGAUCUCUAUUUGGGAAAAGGUGUUUUCAUAUUUGACCACCCGCUUAUCUACUUUUUAUUGUAAUGAAAAGCUUUUAAUUUUUUAUAUUUAUUAAGGUUUUUAUUUGUUGAAUACCGUAUACGUCAGGGAAUAAUUGGAAUAAACGUUAGUUUAAUUGUUUUUUAUAUUCUGUAAAUUGUGGUGUAAUAAGUAAUUAUAGAUUAAUCACAAUUAGUUUAGUACGCACGAGGUACAUAACAAAGGAAUAACAUUAAUUAAAUACUACAACUAUAAUAGAUAAAAUGGAGGACAUUAGGUCCCCGCGGUCAGGGCGCUCAUAAUGUUGGCUACGUUUUCCCAUUGUGCGGCAAUGCCUCUAUUAUAUUUUGUAUAUUAUGAUAAUUACAAAUGAUAAUUACAAAAUUUUACAUUAUUGCAAUCUCCUCACAUAAAUAUUGUAAAAGUAUCCCAUAAUCAGGUAAACAUAUAACUGAAUAGUUUACUAGUAAUUUCACUUCUUGCCAUGUGGAGUAAUAAUCUUGAUUAUUCAGUAUACAAUAGUUAAAGUUACACCAUACUUAGACUUAUAUUGUCAACCAUACCAGGUGAAAUUUGUUUGAAAAAUGUUUGAAGCUCGUCACAAAAAAUUACCAUAUCCCGCAGUUGUUUUUAUAUAACCAAUGAAAACUUCAAUACAGCGCGGGUGAUAAUGCAUAUUAGAGAUGAAACGGGUAUUCGGUAACUAUCCGGUAUCCGGCCGGAUGCAUAAAACUGAGGAAAAAAAAUGGUUGAUAAAUAAAUUGUUAUAUUGAUUAAAGAUGAUAGUUAUAGGAAAAAGAGCAACAACAGGAUCGUUCACAAUCUGUUUAUUACUUGUAACUAAAACAACUAUGAAGUUAGAUAAAGUUAUCUGUAAAUUUAGUACUCAAAUUUUAAUAAAGGCCAAACGAGAGAGAAUGAAGACCAGUUGUUCUGCAUUAAGUGGUAAAAGUUGGUUCUAUUUAUUUUCAUAAACGAGAGCAGCUUCAGAGGACAGUUUUUCAUUAUAAACUCUUGCAAACUUUGUUAAAUUUGUUAUUGACAAACCACCAAAUGAAAGGAUCGCGAUCACGCUCGAUUUGAACUGUCUUCAAAUACAAUGUGUACCAACAAUAAUGAAACUGUAAGUAGAUUUUUUUUUCUGUUGGCAAAUCUCGUAUCUAGAAUUAGUUAGAUCACAAACAAAUUAAUGAAAUCAAAUUGAAACAAAAUAAUAACGGGCGUAUCAAGUGCUAGGUUUAUAACAACUACAAAUUUUAAUAUAGCCAAAAAAUGAUGUAAUUGCUUUUCUUCCUUCUCCACCGCGAGACAUUUGCAUUCGGCACAACAAACAAACAGCAGAUAUUAAAAUAUUGCUGAAUUUGGAAUUUUUUUUCACUGUUAACAUUUUUUGUUAUGUAUUUGUUUGUAUUAUCGAAUAAAUUAAUAGUUUUUAUUAAAACCAAGUGACCAUAACAAAUCAAAUCGUCAAUGUGAAAGUGCAAUCAUUAGUAAUCAAUCAAUCACAGCGACGCGCGCUGUAAACCGGUCGCGACAUGUUUACCGCUGUGGGUCAGAUAUCCGACGGCCGGAUAUCCGGCCAAAUCACUAUCCGUUUCAUCUCUAAUGCAUAUUGAACAGUAAGAUUGAGCUCAAAUUUAAAGGUCAUGACGUUAAAUUAGUCAUUAAUGUGAAUAAUAUGUGUGUUGUGACCAUUAGUACCUUAUCUAUCGUAUGGUGUCCACGUUACUCUUGUUUGAUCUUGCAGUGCCGUUUCAUUGUCUUAUUUUAUAGUAAUUGUAAAUUCACUUGUAGUGUCGUCUCACAUCAACUGUUUGAUUCUAUGGGAUAAUGCUUAACUUUAUAAUUAUUCUGGUGAUUUGACUUUUCCAAUACUUUUCUUAAGUACCGAUCUUAAAGAUUGUACAUGCAUCCGUACAUAAAUAUAUUAUACCUCAACUCAAUGGCAUAGUAAGACAAAAGAGUAAAGUUAGAUUUAGAAAUACAAAUCCUGUUCCACAAUCAAAUAUUCAUUCAGUAGUGUGGUGUUUGUUUGUUAAAAUUAUACAUUUGUUAUAAUUGGCUGUGGUAUAUCUGCCUAGCGUCUUUAGGUUCGUGUUGUUCGUUCAUUGUAUUGUUAAAUAUAAUUGAGUGCCAUUGUUUCGUUAAGCGCAUGUUUGGUUAGGAAGUGAUAACCUUUUUUGGACCAAUUUUCAUAUCCGAAAAUAUAUUCAAGUGAGACUGUUAAGUUUUCUUGUUACGAAGUUGCCUCUGUCUUGUCAUGAAUACUCAAAUUACUUAACAUGACGCUUUAAGUAUCUCAAGCUUUCUGAGGUGUAAAUACCAUCGAUAUUAUUUUUAUCCAAAUAAAUACAUAC